AACGGUAACACUAAUUUAAAUUGCGCGACUUUUUGCAUAUGUUUCUUGCUGAUGCAUUUGUAAUACAAUUUUCCUUAAAUAAUAGUGACCCAUUCCCGCGCCAUGGACUUUUAUAGUAGUACCUAUGACCAGAAGUAUUUUAACUUUACAGCGGCACAACUUUCAGCGGAGCGCGAACACAUUGUGCAGGACAUCAUAAAGAAAGGCAUAGGACAGAUUAUAGACAGGAUAAAGACCCCCGCAACAGCGGAUUUAUUGGAGGCCCAAAAGGAAACCGUGGAGCGUCGUUUCAAAGCAUCCGCCUCCAAGGGUCUCAAAGCCCUCAGAGAAUUGGACAGGAAGGUGUUCCACGUUCCAUCGCAUGUACUGCAUCCGGAGCAUAUAUUUUUCGAAAACCAGUUUUCUAGCGAGGAAGAGGAGCAGAAAUCAGCCAAACUGGAAGAGCUAAAGGCGAAAUACCAGGAGAACAUGGCAAUGCUGGCGCAUCUUAAAAUCGAGGAGGACAAAUACGCCGCGAUGGAGGAUCUUAUCAAAAAGGAGAUGGAAAUGCAAGAUCGUGUCCACAAAAACUGCUCCUCCCUUAAUGUGAGCAAGCUGAAACAAUGUUGCUCCCAGGUCUCCGCUCAACUAAAGAAGCCCAGUAAAGACUUACAAAAUAAGAUUUAAAUAUUUUGUCGGGUACAUUGGAAUUUUAACCGGCUUUUAGACAGGUUACAGUUUAUUCAGCCCUAACAAUUUUUUUCGUAAACAUGGCUUACCGAAUACUUCAACUGUUACUGUUUAUUUAGUUUAAAAAUAAAACUUUCAUACAUUUUUUAUCA